AUGGGUUUGGCACUCUUCCCUUCCUCCAAAAAUAGGGCUUCUGGUUUGGAAAAUUCUGCCCCCUGCGUCCUCCUCUGGGAAACCUGGAAGGCCAGGAAUGCAGCUCUAUUUGACGACAUUAGGCCUUCAAUCCAAAAGCUCACCCACAGGAUCAGCUGGUGGCUAGAGUUCAUCCAGGCCAGGAGCUUAUCUUCCUCGCCAGUCCCUCCUCCAACGACAGCCCAUUCUUCAAGCCAUCAGCCCACUAGCAGAGUCUUUCCCAGCCCGACCACCCCUCUUCUCCAGGGUCUCCCUUCAAUACACCCUAGCCGCGAGCAAGCUUCUAUUUCAGCUGUGGUUAAAUGGUUACAGCCUCCUCCUGGAUGGACAAAUAUCAAUGUAGACGGUUUGGCCUUGGGUAACCCUGGCCCGUUUGGUGGCGGCGGAAUUUGUAGAGAUGAAAAUGGGGCGUUCCUUUUUGCUUUCCACGAAGGUUACAGUUUGGGGUCCAAUGUCCACGCUGAGCUUAGGGCAAUUCACGACGGGCUGCUUCUAUGUUUUUCCAAGGGUCUGAAAAACAUCAUUCUUGAAUUGGACUCUCAGCUCCUCAUUGACUUUCUCACGGGGAGGGCCUCUCCUGGCUGGAAAUGGAGAUUUUGGAUUUCCAGAAUAAACCAAUUGGUCGCUUCGGGGCAUGUGAAGUUCGCCCACAUCCUUAGGGAAGGUAACGCUCUUGCGGAUGCGAUGGCGAAGCUGGGUAGUCAAGAGCAAUCCUCUCGCCUCCUCAUAUCCUACACUGCCCUCUCCCCUCUAGUUAGAGGCCUUCUCUUCCUAAACAAGGUCGGUCUAGGGUCCAUCAGACCCUAG